UCUAUAAACAUUAAUAUGAUUGUUACCGCUCAUAUCUCAUCGUAAAAUGCGAUUUUGUGCAGUUUUAUGAUGUUACAUGGGUGAGUGUAUCACUUUAAGAAAUCCAACGCGGAUCCUUGAAGUUGUCGACCACUUGUGUUACUGAUGGCCAGUGCAGAGCAUCACCGAAAUUUUAUUGUUGUCAUAAAAUAACUAAUGUGCAUUUGCAUUGUUCCUCUUCCUUUAUUCCUGAACCACGAACAGGUCCCAACUCAAGCGAUCCAGAAUAUUAAGAAUGGCUUUCUCAGACUCCACUCGGUCGGACACAGAGGAGCCCUUUAUCCUGAGAGCGACCAAAAUCGCUGCGGUUGUCGCUCUUUACUGGUUCAUCUCGAUUUCCAUGGUUUUCCUGAACAACUACCUGUUAGAGAGCAAGGAGCUGGACGCGCCUGUCUUCAUCACAUUCUUCCAGUGUGUUGUUAGCGUCGGACUGUGUUGGAUCUUGAACUUUCUCUCAAAGUUAUGUCCGGGAUUCGUGGAUUUCCCGUCUUUGAAAUUUGAUUUCAGAGUGUCCAGAGAGAUUUUGCCGCUGACCGUCGUGUUCAUCGGCAUGAUCACGUUCAACAACUUGUGCCUGAAAUAUGUGGGAGUUGCCUUCUAUACCGUUGGCCGCUCGCUUUCCACCGUGUUUAACGUGCUUCUGUCCUACGCGGUUCUGAAGCAAACCACGUCCUUCUAC